AUGAAAAAGUACUUUGUUGAAAAAUCUUACAAGUUCGCCCUCGGGGCUUGUGUGAGAGAUGUAACUAAUGGACUUGCCGGCGGCGAACCUGGAUCCUGCCAGGCAAUGAUGGAGGUAGCAACAGAGAUUGCAAACCAAGCAUCGGCGCCCAGCACCGACUCUGAUACGAAUGAUGACGACGCUUUCAUACAAGUACGAUCUCAAGCAAAUUACAAGUCCCACAAAGAUGAAGCAACCGCAAUGAGGAGACUUGAAGAAUCCGAAUUCAUGUCUGGUCUAGUCGUUGACGAUCAUCUUUAUUUGGUUAUUAAGACAGGGGGUAUGAAUACUUAUUUCGAGUUUCAUUUGGAGGUCUGCGGAGCACAGUACUUUUCUUACACGACCGUGGCAUCCAGUGGUUUGGAAUCGUCUCGAUUCAAAUCAUGCUCAGAGCACUUUUUGCUCCUUCCAUUGCUGAAUAAUGACGGAAGCGUUCCCAAAGGUAAAGGGAGGGAUGGUGAACGCAAUUUCUUCUAUGUGAUAACGUCCGGGUGGCGAGAGAUUUCAAGAUCUGAUAGAGCCGGAUUUGUGCUGCGAUUACCAACUAUUCCGGGAGCAACCUACUAA